UUAGUCGCUGUUGUUCACAGAACGGACUUGGCAUCUUGACGCACGAAUUUACGCAUCCAGACACUCCACACGCGCCCAGGGAGAGAGGGAGAGAGAGCGAUUCCCCUUAAGCUCUCUCGAAACCCAUGUACGUCUGCUAGAUUCUCAGCCUCACACCACCCAUUUCUCGUUUUUCCUCCAUCUGGGUGUUCUUCGAUUUGAGCUCCCCGCGUUUGGUUUCCAUGGUUGGUUCGUCGUCUCUCUGUUACGCGUCUCCGUUAUGCACGUGGCUCGUCGCAGCUUGCAUGUCCGUCACGACGUACGGCGGCGGAGACCGCUAUGCCGAAUGUCGGAGUAGCCGCCGCUGGGCUCGCCGGAAAAAACUGCUCUCCAAAUACACUGCCGCUUCAGUUUCCGUCGGAGGCCAUGGAUCCGCCGGCAUUCAGGCGUUAAUGAGCUCCUGUUUGGCCUUCGGACCGUGUAACCAGCACUCCAACGACAAUGCCUUGUUGUCUUUGUUUGGAUCGUAUAACAUUUCUUUGAAUCGGAAGCGGACGAGAUUGAAUCAAGCAUCCCGCUCCGGUAAAGUCAUGGCAGGCAUGGUGCAGCUGGAAAAGGAAUCCAUGGCUGAAAAGAAACCUCCUACAGAGCAGCGACGGGUAGUUGUGACGGGUAUGGGAGUUGCAACGUCAUUAGGUCAUGAUCCGAACACUUUUUACGAGAAUUUGCUGGAAGGUAUCAGUGGUAUUAGCCAGAUUGAGAAUUUCGAUUGUUCUGAAUUUCCAACGAGAAUAGCUGGAGAGAUCAAAGAUUUUUCAUCCGAAGGAUGGGUUGCCCCGAAACUUUCAAAGAGGAUGGACAAGUUCAUGCUUUAUCUUCUAACUGCUGGCAAGAAAGCACUGGUCGAUGGUGGGAUAACUGAAGAUGUAAUGGCGGAAUUAGACAAAACCAAAUGUGGAGUUUUGAUUGGCUCUGCUAUGGGAGGCAUGAAGGUCUUUAAUGAUGCAAUUGAAGCUUUGAGGAUCUCUUACCGGAAGAUGAAUCCUUUUUGUGUACCUUUUGCUACAACAAACAUGGGUUCUGCUAUGCUUGCCAUGGAUCUGGGAUGGAUGGGACCAAAUUAUUCUAUUUCAACUGCUUGUGCAACAAGCAACUUUUGUGUUUUGAAUGCAGCAAACCACAUUAUCAGAGGUGAAGCGGAUGUAAUGCUAUGUGGCGGUUCUGAUUCGGUUAUUAUUCCAAUAGGUUUGGGAGGUUUUGUGGCAUGUCGGGCUCUUUCGCAGAGGAACGAUGACCCCACCAAAGCUUCACGCCCUUGGGAUAGCAAUCGUGAUGGUUUCGUGAUGGGAGAGGGAGCUGGAGUUCUGCUUUUGGAAGAACUUGAGCAUGCCAAGAGAAGAGGUGCAACUAUCUAUGCAGAGUUCUGUGGUGGGAGUUUCACAUGUGAUGCUUAUCACAUGACAGAGCCACGGCCUGAUGGGGCUGGCGUUAUUCUGUGCAUAGAGAAGGCAUUAGAUCAAGCUGGGAUUCCCAGGGAAGAUGUGAAUUAUAUAAACGCUCAUGCUACCUCAACACCAGCUGGAGACCUCAAGGAGUACCAAGCCCUUGUUCACUGUUUUGGCCAAAACCCCGAACUAAGGGUGAACUCAACGAAAUCUAUGGUCGGACACUUGCUAGGAGCAGCUGGAGCAGUAGAGGCUAUCGCUACCGUGCAGGCAAUACGGACCGGAUGGGUUCAUCCAAAUAUCAACCUUGAGAAUCCGGAUGAAGGAGUGGACACGAAACUACUGGUGGGUUCGAAGAAAGAGAGAUUGAACAUCAAGGCGGCCUUGUCAAAUUCUUUCGGGUUUGGUGGCCACAACUCUUCCAUCAUUUUCACGCCUUACAAGUGAAGUGAAAGUCCAUGCUUGUGCUCCAACUUGCAUGUAUAAGAGUAUACAAGAAGCUCCCACAGUGUUACAGUUGGGUUCAGGAUAUCGAUAUAGGUUUUGACAACACAAGAAGGAGAGAAUUGAGCAAACUUCUUCGGACAGUCUAAAUCUUAAAAUGGGAACGGAUUGCGAGGACGACAGCAAGGUUGGACAGUUUGGUCGCCAAGGGAUUUGUUCUUUGUGCUUCUCGCAGUGUCAUUUUGGUUCUUCUUAUUGACGAGCACUUUUUUAGUGUUCUUCUAUUGUUUAGAACGUACAUUACACUGAAUGAACGUGUGUAUGUGAUGGUCCACUGAACAAUUUUGGGAUAAAGGCUGUUCGCUUUCACUUUAUAAAUCAAGACAGAUGUUUUCGA